GGGCCGGCGCCGCAGUGGCACAAGGAGAGCGUUGUCCGUCCUUCUGCAGCCACUGCCAGGGAGAAGAUGAUGGCAGCCUCGGAGGAAGAGGCCAGAGAGGGAGCAAGAGGAGGGCCAGCCAUGGGAGCCCAGCAGUGACCCCCGUCCAUCCGUCCGUCUCUCUCCUCGCCGCCGGCCCCGGUUCUCCCUCUUGGACCAGGCUGGGAGGCCGCCAUGUGGGGGAGGCUCCUCUCCGAAGUGGGGCAGAAGGGCGACUACAGGGCAGGCCCAGAAUAUUCCUCAUCAGGAUGGUUGCCUGGUCCUGAUUCACUGUGGCAAGCCACAACUGGUCCAUCAAGCAGUCGGAGUAACCAUAUCAGAAGGCACAGCAUAGCUUCUGACAGUGGGGACACUGGCAUCGGAACCUCUUGCUCUGAUAGCGUGGAAGAUCAUUCCACCUCAAGUGGUACUUCCUCGUUUAAGCCCAGCCGCUCACUGGUCUCAAUCCCCACUGCCCAUGUGAUGCCGUCUAAUGCCAGCUCGUCGCUUUCCAAACACCGGGAACUUCUCAAGUCUGACUGUUCAAAAUGGAGCACAAGUCUUUUGAGGUCCGCUGGAAGUAGGGAUCAGGGCAUGUUGGACAGUUCUCUUGACAUGAAGGACUUGAGGCCUGUAAGGAAAUGGUCAUCUUUGUCUAAGCUCAGCACACCUGUGAGCUGUAGCCAGGAUGGAGUUGUUUACUCAACGGAGUGUAGGGCCAACAUGGAAAAAACAGGAAGAGACAAGAGUCUGUCACCACCACUAAGAGAAAACGGGACAAGCUGCUUGCACAAUAGUAUGGAAGUACUCAAAAUUGAGGACAGAGAAACAGGGAAGAAAAGAAAUUCUGCCCUGGACUGCAAAUACAAAUUUGAAAGUUGCAGCAAAGAAGACUUGGGGGUUUCUGAUCCCUCAAACAGGAGACAUGCCUUAGACAUGACCUAUAGUGCCUUACCUGAAAGCAAACCUGCUACAUCAAACUGUGAGGUUUUUCAUCAAGGAUAUAUAACUUUGGGGCCACAGGUUAUGAGCAGGAUUCCCGUUCAGUCCUCUGAAAGGACUCAGCGGUGGCUAACAGAACAAUAUCAUACAAACCCUCCAGAGGCUAGGCCUUCUGAAGAGUCAUACAAUUUAUCUCCCUGGCAAUUACACCAGCUUGAAGAACUUAGAAUGGGAAAUGAGCAUCCUGUGCAGGUUCUGAGCGGAUCAUCUCAUCAGAGUUACUCAGCAGCAAGCUUUCAAGAUUACAAUAACUUGGAAUCCCUGAUGAAAAUCAAAGAAGGGUUGUUAAGGCAAAAAGAGAUUGUGAUAGAUCAGCAGAACCAGCAAAUAAAUCUUUUAUAUCAGAAAAUAAGGGAGAAUGAACUAAGGGCUCAGCAAGCAAGACUGGGGCAUAUUGUGAAUUGUGAAGACUCUUACGUGAGUAGUUUCCAGCCUCAAUAUGAGAACACAGCAAUGCAGGCUCAGUUUUCAGAGAGAUCUAUAGCCCACUGUGAAAGGGAAGAGCUGGAACGAAAACUUGUGGCAGUACAAAGUAAGGAGAUACAACUCAGUGAAUUCUUGAAACAAAUGGCAAACAAAUCCAAUGAAGAUAAAAAGAAGAUGGAAGAGAAGCUCAAAACCAGAGACAGGUACAUAAGCAGCCUGAAAAAGAAAUGUCAGAAAGAAUCAGAACAAAAUAAAGAGAAACAAAGAAGAAUUGAAACCCUUGAAAAGUACUUGGCUGAUCUGCCGACAUUGGAUGAUGUUGAAAGUCAAAGUAAACAGCUUCAGGUUCUUGAAGAAAAGAACAAGCAGCUGAAAUCUACUGUGGCUGAACUGGAAAAGGAGCUUGAACAGUCUAAGACACAAAAUCAAGAAAAAGAAUUGCAGCUAGUGUGUCAGAAGAAAAAAGAAAAAGAAUUGGUAACUGCAGUACAGAGCCUACAACAAAAAGUUGAAAAAUGCCUGGAAGAUGGUGUCCGCCUUCCUAUGCUAGACACAAAACAACUUCAGAGUGAAAAUGAAAGCCUCAAAGAGAAAAAUGACAAAGCCAGCAAGGUCAUAGACAAUCAACAGAACCAGAUUGCUGAAUUGACUUUAGAGAUCCAGUCUAUGCAAGAAAAGGUUUUGCAAGAAAAAUUGACAAGUCAAAAACAGAAAAAUGAACUUGAAGAGAAGGAUAAGAGUAUACAGCGAUUGCAAAAGAAUUUACUUGAGAACCAAAGACUAAUAGAAGAAAAUGCUUCCUUGAGGGAACAAAUUCAUCACAUGGAACAGUCCAGACAGCCUGUAGCUGAAAAACUGCCUGUGGCUGAUCAGUUGUUCAAGGAAAUGUCUCAUUGUUUGUUUGACUUGAAAGCACUUUGCAGUAUUCUUACCCACAGAGCUCAGGGCAAGGAGCCUAACCUGUCUUUAUUGCUGGGAAUCAGAUCAAUGAACUGCUCAUCUGAAGAUGAGAACUACCACAGCACAGAAACUCUUUCAAAAAAACUCUCAGAGGUGUGUCAGUUGCGAAAGGAUAUUGAUGAACUGAGGACUAUAAUAUCAGACUGUUAUGCUCAGGAUAUGGGAGAAAAUUGCAUUACACAAUGAUAAAAGGUUGGCCUCACAGCAACAAUGACUAAGUUGUUAAAUGCUGCUCUGAUUUUAGUUCCUUGUAUUUCUUGUAAGGAGCCAUACUGGAAGCGACACUGUCUAUGCCAGCUCAGUUUCAAACAUUUGUGCGCAUUUCAUGUCAUUGAAAAGAAGAGUAUAUGCUGGAAGGAAAUCUGGUUUCAUCAAAACUACUGAAUGUAGGUCAAAGCUGUGAAGAAUGUCUUUCUGUUGACAAAUUCUGGAUUUUCCCCCUCAGCUAGGGGUGUCAGAAUAACAAUACCCAUAGUAUUUUCUGGCAUAGAAACAUAAAAACAGAAGGACACUAUUGCUACUACUUUACCAUUAUCUCAAUUCAGCCAAGCUUUGGGGUACAAGGUUAAUUUUAAGAUUGUUACCGGGGGGAAAUGAUUGAACUCUGUGACUACCUGAUAACAUUAAAACUGAAAACAGUUUUAUGGAAGCUUACAAACAUUUGUAGGUUGUGUGCAGGCAUUGUGAUGGUUUUUACACAUUGAGAAAAAGUACCUGUGUUUGCUUUCUCAGUUUGGUUAAGGUUUGUUUUAUUCAGCUCUUAAAGGUGAGUUAUUGACAAGAUUCUUGGAGAAAACACAAAGUAAACUCCCACAUUUCAGAUAAAGCAUCAAGCUUUGGGAGAACUUAAACAUCUUCCCUGGCAGUCUUUAGUGCUCUGUAUUAGUUUGAAAGUAUUAGUAUUUGUGAUCUGAGAUGAUGCGGGCAGAAAAGAUUUAAACACACAAAAUAUAUUUCAGUAAAUUAUAAGAGACUGUUGCACUUUGGUAAUCAGUACCAAAUUAGUCUAUAUUUUCUGUUUAUCCAAGGGCUCACUGCAGCACUCCAGAAGCUUAAAAGUCUAAAAGGAAUAUGCUCUCCCCCCCAUCAAUGUUCAGUACAAUAGGUCCUGGUGGAUAAUCACAGCUGAAAUGCGUCAUAAUUAGGAAUGACACUACAGCUUGGGAUUCCUGAUUUCAGGAAGAACUACAAAUGGGUUCAGCCAUGUGUGUUUACAGUUCUUCUUCAAACCUUCCCACUUGGUGUGGGAAAAUUGGACAUGGAGGAGGUAAGGCCUGUAGUCCCUCUCUGGAUAAUUUCAGAAUACCAGAAACAGAGUUUAUGUCAUUUGGUAUUUGGUUGUCUUAAAACAUAAACAUCCUCUCUGCCAAGCCAAACAUGGUGUCACUUUAUUCUGACAAUCAGUUGAGAUGGACCUUUCUUUAUAAAAGGGGAAGGGAAAGGGAGAACAAGGUGCAUUUUGCAAUCACAGCUGUCCACAAUGUGUGGGGAGCAUAAGAUUGGUCUUGCCAACAGUCACUACUUAAACAGAGCAAAAGCUUGUAUUGAAUUAGUUGCCAUUUUCAGUAUUUUAUGUUAACACCUCUGCUUAAGCCAUUUUAGAAAAGGAUCAAUAUUACAUUAAUCUUACCUCACCCACACACACAUUUUGCAUGACUUAGAUUUAAGCAUCAUUUGUAUAUGGUUGUAAUUAUUUAAAAAAAAACUAUUGUGGACAUUUUUUCAAGGUAUAUAUUUAUUUAAAUAGUUAUUUUUUGUUGGCUUCUUAAACUGUGGAAAUAGUUUAAUAUUGAUCUUUAUUAUUGCUUGGUAUUUUCAAAGGCACAUUUGUAGGUAUUACAUUGGAACCAUUUUGUAAGCAUUCAGUAACUGCCUUCCUGACAUCAUAAAGCAAAUUAUCAAAAUUCAAAAUACUAAGACUGCAAUCCCAAACAGAAUUAAGUAUAAUUUAAUGGUACUUGCAGUUAGAAUUCAGCUGUUGUAGAUAGUUUUCUGAUGAUGGCUUACCUGGUGAGAAAUUGAUUCAUUUUCACACCAAGAAAUAGCCAAAAGUGAAUGCAAGCUCUUCAACAUGCUAAGCUCUUGAAAGAAAAAAUAUUAUUUUAUGAUUACAACAUUUGUCAUGUAUUUUUUCUUUGGUGGCAAAUUAAGCACUUGAACUUCAGUGCAGAACUAAGAAAGAAUAUUGCACUGAUUUAAAAUAGAACAAGUUUGUUUAAACUAGUUUUGGGGCAAAGGCUCAUUUUUACAUAGGUUACAAAGAGAGCUGCUUUCAUUUGGGCCACUUUUUAAACAAAAGCCUAUUCCCAAACAUGCAAGGCUUCCAUAGGUAGUAUUAUAAUUUCAAGUAAGUAUGUAGCAAGUCAGAUUUGCUACACUAUGGCAUGAAGAUAAAUCAUCGUGAAGGUGAUGCUUUGCUAAACAUUUUCACCUUAUUUUUCAGACUAGUUGGAAAAUCAAGAGAAUCAAAGAAGGCAGUCAGGGAGAGGCCCUUUCUUGUUUCUGAAACAUUUUCUUUGAUAAAUAGUAUCUUAGCAGUCUUCCCUUGAUUUCCUACUCGGAUACAAUUUUUUGUAAAUUUUAGUUUAUAUUCCUGUUUCAGAAGUUCCUAAUUUAUUUAAUUGAACUGUUCUAAAUAACAUUUUUAAAUGUUAAUGAACUUGCCCUUGACUUUUUAAGUUAGAGAAGUAACACAGCUUUACUACAAGGAAAGCCCCAAAAUAUACUGUAGAAAGCCUAGUACUUUUUAAAAAAGCUCUGUUACAGAGGAUCAGGCAAUAAUUCCCAUAUGGCAUUACUCUGCAUAAUGAUGAUAGAUAUAAGUAUUGUGUUUUAAUGUGCAUAGUCAGAAUCCUGUUGGUGAUGUGUGUGUGCGACCUAGGGUUACAUGCAUGUAUCUCCUUCCAAUUUCAUUCCAGAAUGGGAUACUAAUUAGCUCCUUGCAUAGUGCCUUGUCCUGCCCCAGCAGCUUAAUGUAAAGGAUAGAGGCAUGCUCUUCAUUUGGUGACUGGGGUAGGAUGUAGAGCACCCAUUCAUAUCUGGCUGCAGCCAGCAGAAAAGAGCAGCUGUUUCCCUCCCAAAUCUCCAGCACACUUAUAGAAAAUCUGGGAGGGCAAUUCCUACUGUUUGCGCUGGGUUUGGAUGUGCAGCUGGAUGCUGUUAGUGUGCCCUUGCGCUCUUCCCCAGCCACUAUAUGGCUAAGGGAGUGUAUGUCUGCCCUUUGCAGCAGGCUUGCAUGCUCAGGAAGCUGAAACAGGGUGGAACAAUGUGCUCCAUGUAAUAGGAUCUCAAUCUAUGUAUAUAUUUUUGUCAGUGCAUUCUUAUGAAUGCAUCCAUCCAUAUUGUUUGGCAGUAUUCUUAAGAAUAAUACUAGUCUUCUAUAGUACCUUGGAAGGCUUUCCUUAGGCAUCUGCCAGGCCCCAUUCUAUGGAUGUGUACAUGCUUACAGAUGUUUAUUGACACUGUGAGAGAAUUACAGCCAUGCCUCAUGUUUUCUGGUCACAACCUUCAGAGGUUGUAUGAUUGGUGAUACAGUAAUGUGAAUGAGACCUACACGAGUAUUGGCUAACCCUCCCUGUGCAUCUCCAUUUGUACAUAGCUAAGCUCCUUUCACAUUACCAUCAACUAUGUGACACAGGAGAGCAUGGCUAGUGGAUGUGGUCCUGGCAGCAAGCCAGGUCACCCUGAACCUGUGGGGAUGGCCUGAAGAGUGUCUUUGGGCUGAACUAGACAGCCUGAAAGAUCCUAUUUCCAGCCAUGAUCUCUCUGGGACUGUGGCGACCGGAUGGCCCGCUCUGAAAGUGGGCUGCUUCCAUGAUCCCAAACAGGCCACUGGCAGGAGUGGAUUAAAUUCACUCCUUUUGCUGGUGGUUUUGGGCCACUUGGAGUGGCUUCCAGCUGCUUUGGGGACGUGUACCAUCUAAACGCCAUGCCCCCAAAGUGUCCGGAGGCCACCCUAUUUGGCCGGCUGUUUCAGGCCUUUGUGUUUCUGACUUUCUGACCCAUCAAACAGAUAUUCAGACAGUGUGUUGUCCAGAUGGGAAAGGAUUACAUUCAGUGGCCGUUCCCAAACAGUUAUUUGAUAUUGUCAGAGUUGAAAACACCAGUUAUCUCGUUGAAGCUACACACAUGAUCCCUUUAUAAAGUAAGAAGGAGCACGAGUGCAUCUUUCCAUAUCCAUAGUUUCUAGAACCUAGAAAGCAUUUUACAUUGGGAAGUUCCCACUUAUUGGCAACUGAUUCUUUCUCUCUCAGUCAGGUAAGUCAGAGAAGAAAGAUGACAGCCAAAAACAGAAAUGACAUGAGCAUAUGUGAAGUAAGCCAUAAAGGCACAGUAUUAUUUUAUAUUAGGGUUAUCUUCUUAAAGAGGGCCUGAUUUUUAAGUAACUAAUUUAUCAGUUUACAAUGGCCUUUAAACGGUUUAAGAUUUAUGUUAAAAUGUGCAUGAAUUCUUUCAGUUAAUAUGUGUAUUAUGAUCCCAUUCAACAUAUUUUAUGAAAAAUGGUUGACUAAUACUAACUUUUAAGACAAGUGGUUAACAAUAUCAUAACUUGGUAGACUGAUUUAGUCAUGACAACCUUUUGCCACCCAUGUAAGAGACAAUCCCAAGGGCUGAAAAAUAUAUUACUGAUGAACGGAAAUGUCUGUUAGCAAGCAUGAACAAAUUUGUACCAAGUAGUUUUCAUAUUUCAUAUUGUAUUUCUAUAAUUGCAUCGUUGAAAUUUUAUGGCAACUACUGUAAUUCAAGAAUGUAUUUAAAAAGAGCUUGGAAAAUCAUUUUUAUAUGACUAAUUCUAUUUAUAUGCCAUGUAAUAUACCGUAUGCAUCUAUCGAUCUAGGGAUGUUUCAGGUUAGUUGUGCAGACUAGACUCUACAGUUUGACUGGGCUUUCUGUCAGCAAUCUUAUGUAUCCUCAUUUGGCAGUAAACCCAAACAUUAAGACUAGAUCAAGGAUUCCCAAAUAAAUGGGUUUAGGGUUGACUAUUAAACUUCAAUUUUUAGGUGUGUAGAUUUAGAAGCAGAGUAAUUCUGUAUUGUCUUAAGUAGGUUGCCAUACUCACUGAACCUGGCUAGAGAUUUCUUUAAAAAAAAACUGAUAACAUUUGCUAUAUGAACCAAAGCAAUUUUUUGUCUCUUCCGCUAACUUUUAAUUUUCACUUUUCUGGAAGAAAUGCAGAAGGAUUAUGUCUUGCCAGUUUUCAAAUGAGAGAAUAUGAGGUAAAGUGUAUAAUAAUUUUCACUUGCCUAAAAUCUAAGGCAAACAUAAGAAAAUCAAACUUGGGAUUUAGUAAUGUUAUGUAAAUCUGUUUAUCUAUUUAGGAAUAGAUAACUGCAUGAUACGGAUUUGACACAGUAUUCUGAAUUUGGAUGCUAUUUCAUUCAAAGUCAAAGAAAAAUUUACUCCUUUGCAAAAAGACUGCAUAUUAAAAAUUAGCUAAACCAGUCCAUAGAUCAAUAACCCAUUAGCACUAUUAAUUCCACUUCUGUGACCUCUGUGCCUUUUAUUUUUGCUUAUGGCUUAAAUAAUAAUCUCUUGUUUUUAAAAGCCAUGAGAGUAUCUCAAGUUGUUGCACUUUGUUCCCUCUGCUUAGAGAUGUUUUUAGCUUGUACGCCUGUGAGAAGCAACUUUCAUAAAUAGAAAUAUUUUCUAAAUACUGUAGGUUAACCUUUGGAAAGGUAGUCUGAUCUUUCUUUACCAGCUUUUCUGUAUAUGGGGAAGAUACAGGAAGUUCAAUCAGAAUGUAUUAAUUUUGUAUAUAUUAGGUAUAUGAUAAUCAAUGGCAAAAGCAAGGGAAAGUGGGGGAGCUAUCUUUAAAAAGCACAGUAAGCGUAUACUGGAUCAGUCUAAGACUGGUAGUUUUUCAACAUUGGGUUCAGUUUUUGAACCACUCAGAAUACCUCAUGUGUACAUAAAGUUGUCAUGACUUAAUCGAAAUGCAUUCAAUGUUGUUAUUGUGUUUGUUUUUUAAUUUUUAAAGGGCCACUGGCUGGCUCCUUUCUUCAGGCCUGUCAUUCUUGCCUCUUUUUGUAACUUUUUUUUUAAAAGUAGCGUUUACAGCUAGAAUUUUGAAUGCCAAAGUUCUAUUUAUUAAAUGAUAAAGUUUUGAUUGUUAAUUACUAGUAUUUUUCCACUCUGUUUGUUUGAUGUUUGGAUUUAUAUCUACAGAACAAAAAUAAAUUUUGUUAUAAAAUCUA